GUAGAUGGGUGUUUACAAACACGUCGAAGCAGCGCGCGCACUGUGUUUUUCUGCGGGUUAUUUCUGUCCCGGAGGCCGAGUUUCCCUAAAAUAGCAAAGAGCAGCGCUUCGUUUGUACAGGAAAACAAGCAGGAAAUGUUCACGCUGCGAAGGGAAGAAUUAUAGUUCUUGACAAAAAAUGGGGACCAUUUAAACGAGGCUGUGUGUUCCCCUGAUUGGGCUGUUAAUCAGGAUAGUCUGCUUGUAUUCGAGUUUACAUUUACGAUGUAAGUUUAAAAACUUAAUGUCCGAGUUUUAUUAUUCGUUUAAUUUCAAUACAGUAAGUUGCUGCACUAUUGUGAACUUUAAUUUGAUGGACUGACUCCGGAGUGCAAGUCAGAUUAGUGUGCAGUAAAUAUAAUAUUAAUUUGAUGUAAAACCCUGAGUUCGUGCACGCAUGUGCUAAUAGCUAUGUAUGGAUAUAAUGGGACCAAAGUAUUGAGAUUAAUAUCGAAAGCGCUGCUUUUACAGCCCUUCAGUGUCUUCGGCAAACCUCGUCCUGGGUCUCCUGCAAAGCUUCAAAUCCAGAUACUUGCAGGACGCUUAAAUCUUGGCGACUUGCUGGCCGUCGCAGGUCCUACGAGCUUUUUAAGGCCAGUCGGAAUAGCAGAUGAUAUGGAGCACCGCUGUGUGUCCUUUACGCGGGAUGUACAAACUGUCGAAAACGACGGCGACGAGCCGCGCUCCCCCGCCGGUGUAAAAGGACGCGGCCACGCCGAAAGCAAAAAGGCGAAGAAGAGGAGGCAGAAACGCAAAGCGAAAGAGCGAAAGCAGAAAUCAAAGUCACUCGAGUGCCCUGACAACCUCUUGGCUGAACUUCCGUUUGUCAAUGAGGAAGUAUGGAAGGAACUUGGCUUCUUGACGUCAGAGAAAAGCCAGAAUAAAAAGAGGAAAAGAGGAGAAAGCGGCCAAGGGCAGAGCGAGGAGGAUGACACGAAGAAAAAGACGAGGCAGCAGAGGCCAAACUACUUCGUGUCCAUCCCCAUCAGCAGUGCCGAGAUCAAGGGUGGCAUUAAGGCUGUCCAGGACCACAUCAUCCAGAAGGACAACAGACUGUCACGAGCUCUGAUACCAGUGGGCAGCCUCCACAUUACCCUGCUAGUGACCUACUUGGGCAGUGAGGAGGAAGUCAGUGCGGCUGUGAGCGCCAUUGGCCAGAUGAAGCAAGUGCUGCAGGACCUGUUCCAGGGCCGGAGGCUGGUCCUACCUUUCGUCGGCAUCGACCACUUCAGGAACGAGGUGGCGUUCGCCCGGCUGGCGUCGGGCGACCACAUGGGGGCGCUAGAGGGGAUCGCAGAGGCAGUGAGGAAGGCGUUUGAAGAGCGGGGCAUCCCAUCCGGAGAAAGCAAGGCGUUUCGGCCGCAUCUCACCUUCAUGAAGCUGUCCAAGGCCCCCAAGCUACGCCGGCAGGGAAUUCGGAAGCUGAACUCGAGCCUCUACGCGGAGUUUGCGGAGCACAAGUUCGGGGAUGAGACGGCGUCACGACUCGACCUGUGCGCGAUGCUGAAGAAAAAGACUCCAGACGGGUACUACCACUGCGAGACCUCCGUGCCUCUGGGGACAAAGAGUGACAUGGGUCUCAUUAAAGGGGCGCUGCACAGCCAAACAAGGACUCUCUUGAGGAGGCUAGAGGGCAUAAAACGGCUUUUGUCCGAGCCAACGGUUCGAGCCAGCAUCAGACAGGAGCUUUUGUGGGACCGGAGUCCAGGUGCACCUCGCUGAGCUCUCCACACCAGGCUCCGGGGCGGCGCAAAGGAACGUAGAUAACAGACCUCAUCGUUUUCAACAGAGUAAAUCCAGUAGACCCUAUUAGGGAAGCUAUUAAUAUGACCAUUAGAAUCCACUUUUAUUUUUUGAAAUAAGUUUAAUUGUAUAUUUAGAGGAGAAAAAAAAUAGUGAACUGCAGAAGCACAAACGAUGAAUUUUGUUUUAUUUUUACACGCUUGUAGGAAAGUAUUAAUUCAAACUACCACUUCCAAAGUGGCCUUAAGGAUUGAAUAUAGCUGCAGAUCUUGUUUUUAUUACCUUGCACUUGAAGUGUAUUGAUUUUUUAUUUCAAUGAAGUCAUAAGUUCACCGGAACCUUAAGCUUUGUGUGCUUCACUGUGUCAUUUAUCAUGUGACAUAUGGCUUGGUCCAUUUUGACCAUUCAUGAAAGAUUUGUAUGUGUGUGUAAUUGGGUCUACUGGAUGGUGAUUUUGUCAUUUGCCACCCCGAACAAAGAAAAAAAAAAAUAAAAUUAAGAAAAAAAUAUGGGA